AUGGUGCUCGCCGCUAUUGGCCAAAUCUGCUCGAAUGCAUCCAUGUCCCAUAACCUUGCGCAAUGUCAGAAGCUUGUGCAGAAAGCGGUGGCGGCUGGAGCAAAGGCACUCUUCCUUCCUGAAGCCUCUGACUAUAUCGCCUCCUCCGCGGCGGAGUCGGUAGAGCUCUGUCAGGACGUCUCCCAUAGCCCCUUCGUCCGCGGGCUUCAACAAGCCGCCAAGGCUCAUUCCUUACCUAUCAAUGUUGGAAUCCACGAGCCGACCGACCCAGCCUCCAAGAGAAUCCGUAACACCUUGAUCUGGAUCGAUAAAGAGGGGGAUAUCGUACACAGGUACCAGAAACUGCACCUCUUUGACCUUGACCUUCGACCAAACGGGCCGAGGCUGAAGGAGAGCGACUCGACUGAGCCAGGGCAUGAGAUUGUCCCACCAUAUCCCACACAACUGGGCAAGAUCGGUAGUCUGAUUUGCUUUGACUUGCGAUUCCCCGAGCCAGCACUCAGAUUGCGUAGGCAAGGUGCUGAUAUAUUGCUCUAUCCGUCCGCCUUCACCGUCCCGACCGGGAAACUUCACUGGGAAAUCUUGCUGAGAUGUCGAGCAAUCGAGACUCAGUGCUGGGUCGUGGCUUCAGCGCAGUGUGGUAGACACAACGGGAAGCGCGUGAGUUAUGGCGACACUAUUGUCAUUUCACCAAAUGGCCAGAUUGUUGGGCGGCUGGACCACGUUGACGAUAUAGACAAGGAGGAGGAGCAUGCUCGGGAGCCGGGUAUCCUCACAGUUGACAUUGAUCUGGACUCACUGAGAGACGUCAGACGAAGCAUCCCGUUGCUAAGAAGGACUGACGUCUACCCGGAGAUCUAG